AUGCAGUUCAGCAAAUGAAAUCCUCUACUGGAAAUAAACGUGAAUAAAACUGAAAACUAUCAGUUUUCAGUUUUAUUCAGUAAUUCUACCUAUCUAUCUAAUCUGCACCACCACAGGUCAACCUACAGUAGAAACAACAUGGACACACAAGAAUCGACAUUUGGGGGUUUAAUUUAGGUAUUUUUGUCCCAGUAACUGUACAUGGGAUAUGCAUGGCCUAUUUGUAAGCAGUGGACUUUUACCUUUAUGGGGUUGCUCAGCACACACUUCCUGGUAGCCAGACAGUAUUUCCUUUUAAAUCAUUGACGGUAGUUCUCAGGCUGAUUCACAGGCUACUCCUUUGCAUGGACUGAUAAAAAGACUACAUUUAUGCAACUCGCAGGACGUCCUUCUGUAUAUUUUCUCACCAUCAUAACACGUUUACCAGACAAGCGAAAGGAUCAAUUUGAAGGAUCUCAUGACAAGUUACAGCAACGGAGGAUUCUUCAACCCUGCCUACCAUGACAGCGACACUCUGGAAAUUGAUAGAAGGUCUUCCAGCAAAACCCACCACACUAACCCUUAUCCCAGGGAAGACCUCACUUGGCGGGAUGAGGGGGCGGCCAUGCAUUACUCGUCAACUGGUCAGACCAGCGGUGAUGAUGCUGUGGCCAGAGUACCCUGGGGGGGCUGGCAGGAGGAGAGCUGGAGAGGGAUUGAGAGCAUCCCCAUGGGCCUCAUCUCAACGCGCCCUGGGAGUCCUUCAUGGCAGCAUGACCUCAAUCACAGUACGUUCCAAAUCCCCCCUGAAUCUCAGUAUGAUCGAUCGUCUUCUGCUCGACUUCCUUCUUCAACGUCAGGUAACAUGACAAUGAGAUGGAGGGGAAUUUCAAUGAGAAGGAUGAGCAUGUUUCCUAACGCUGAUCCUGCCCAUCUAGCUUUCACAGAGGAUGCCAUCAGGAACGAGAUGGAGAACGAGGAACAGAACCUGGUCAAGGAGCUUGUUGCCCUGUCAACACGAGACCGAAUUCGGGCCAUUCGGGGACUUCCAAUGAGCUUUGAUGAGAAAAAACAUAUCAGGAGCCAAGUACUGGCAUUCAAGUCUUAUAAGCAAUCUCGCCAGUUCACAUGUUUUGCCGAUUGCUCUGAGAAUGUGUCACUGUCUUUCCGCAGGUGUGGCUACAGUAUAAGGUCAGCCAGGCAGACCCUGGAGCUAUGGCAAGGCAUUAUGAAAGAGAUCGGCGGGAAGUUUGGCACUAGCGUCCUCUCCUAUUUCCUGUUCCUCAAGUGGCUGCUUGUGUUCAACAUUUUCUCCUUUGUCGUCAACUUUGGCUUUAUCACCAUCCCGCUGCUUGUUUCUGACCCCUCACCCGACAUACCUCUGAAUGUGAGCUUCAGAGGACUGGAGAUACUGACUGGAGCUGGUUACUUCACCUACACAGUCAUGUACUAUGGAGGCUAUAGCAACAAAACUCUGGUGGGUCUGGUGGAGUACAACAUGCAGUUGGCAUAUUUCUUCACCAUUGCAGUCUACAUGGUGCUGUGUGGAAUUGCACUUAUUUACAGCAUGGCCAGCUCUUUCAAGAACAACUAUGUACUAGCAGACCCAUCUUCAAACAGUGCAUGGCAGCUUCUGUCCAGCUGGGAUUUCAGUAUUACCAAUGAGAGAGCAGUGAGACAGCGCAAGAACAACAUACGUGUCCAGCUCAAGGAGUCUUUGUCAGAGAAGGCCCAGAGGGAGCUGCUAACCCUUUCUGAAAAACUGAAGCACUCUGGGGUUUAUCUUGGUUCCUGGCUUCUCUCCACCAGCUUGGCUUUUGGCUGUGGAGCUAGCAUCUAUUAUCUCUGCCAAUAUGAACAGCAGCAGGCAACAGAUUCUGCCAACUGGUCUCUGCUUCAGGAGGCAGAGACUCUCCUGGUCCCCUUUGUGGUGUCUCUGAUGAACCUGGUUGUCCCGCUCUUCUACUCCCUCUUCAACAAGUUUGAGCACUACUCCAACCAGCGUAGACAGAUAUAUGCUCUAGUAGUCAGAAAUGUGUUGCUCAAGAUGUCUAUUCUUGCUGUCUUGUGUUAUUACUGGAUGAAUGAGGUGGCAAAGAAGUUUUCGUGUUGGGAGUCCAUGGUGGGACAGGCUUUGUACCGUCUGGUCAUUGUUGAUUUCCUUUUUCUGAUGUUGGGAUCCUUCUUCGGAGAGUUUCUUAGCAAUGUGAUUGGGACGAGAUUACUACCACGUCUGGGGGUUCCAGAGUUUGACGUAGCCAGAAAUGUCCUCGAACUCAUCUACGCACAGACCCUGGCCUGGAUUGGAAUAUACUUCUCUCCUCUGCUGCCUGCCAUCCAGAUUCUCAAAUUUUUCAUCUUGUUUUAUUUAAAGAAGGUCAGCCUGACCCAGAACUGCCAGCCUCCGCGGCGGGCAGGCAGAGCAGCUCAGAUGCAAACUAUUUUCAUCGCCCUCCUCUUCUUCCCUUUCUUUGUGGGAGCUCUGUCUAUAGUUGCAUACACUGCAUGGAGGCUGACUCCCUCAGAGCAAUGUGGUCCUUUUCGGGGUCUCAACACUACCUUCAGUGUGGUUGGAGUUUGGAUAGGGGAUCUGGAGAAUAUCCCUGGUUCUCAGUGGGCCGUCUGGAUCUACCAAAAUGUCAUCAGAAGUGAAAUCUUCUACUUUCUUAUCACACUCAUCAUCAUUGUCAUUAUAUACAUCUUCUGGCAAGUCUCUCAGGGCCGUAGGCAGCUUAUUGGUAAACUGAGACAACAGAUCAUUAAUGCAGGGAAAGACAAGUCCUUUCUGUUAGAAAAGCUCCAGAACCUCCAGAAAUCUCAGCCCAAUAAAAAAUCCAUACUGCGGAAUCCAAAAAACCACACCAAACGGCGUUCAGAUGACCACUUCUCUGGCGGUCAGUCCAACUCAAACGCAAUGGUCCAGGCCUUACUCGCUCGCCAGCAGCUUGAAGAUGAGGAGAAGGUAGAGAGGCGCAGCGGAGUGCCUGUUCCCUCAGACAUCUCCACCUCCAGCGCUUUGGCUCAGGCCAUGCUGGCCCGUCAGGGAGCUGACGACCAGGAUGAAGGUUUGUACUGGAUGCUUGACAAACACCCGUCAUCCUCCAGCGCCCUCGCACAGGCCAUGCAAGCCAGGCAGAGAGCACAGGUUCAAGAGGGAGAGGAAUACUACAGUACAGAAGUUUUUUCUGAAAGCCCUGUCAACACAUCUGUGUCAAAUGUGAUGAUGCAAGUCAUGCAGAGAGCAGAGGAAGAGGACAGGAUGCAGUGGGCCCCUGCUCCCCCACAAAACCCAGCUCCCGCAGGCUCCAGCGCUCUUAUACAGGCCAUGUUGGCCCGGCAACAGGCCCAGAAUGAGUAUGAUGACGGUUACUAAGCAAAGGGGUCUGACAGAACUGAAGAGAUCAACAAAAUGGAUUUCUUUAAGAUGACUGAAAUCAUGCUUGUCAGGGUAUGCUUUGUGUUGCCACCCAUAGAUGAAUUAGCAUCAGAAAUGUGAUUUCUAGGGUGAAUUGCAAUCCGUUCAGUCCUGCUGCACAUACAAAAGUCCUAAGAUAACUACUGUAGGAGGUUUUGGAGAGAGUGCAGGUCCACCUCUUUAUGCACCUUUUUUUAAAGAAUAUAUUUUAAUAGUAUAUUUCUAUGACAUAUAAGCCAUGUAAGAUAAAU